AUGAAGGGAAAACUUUUAGCUGUAAUUGGCGAUGAGGAUACUUGUGUUGGAUUUCUUUUAGGAGGUGUUGGAGAAAUAAAUAAACAUCGUCAUGCAAAUUUUAUGGUUGUUGACAAAAACACGGCAGUUGGUGAUAUAGAAGAAACUUUUAAAAGAUUUAUUAAACGUGAUGACAUUGAUAUUAUCCUUAUAAAUCAAAAUAUUGCAGAAAUGAUUCGGCAUGUGAUAGAUAGUCAUACCCAACCUAUUCCAUCAGUAUUAGAAAUUCCAAGUAAAGAUCAUCCAUAUGAUGCAAGUAAAGAUUCUAUUUUAAGACGUGCAAAGGGAAUGUUCAAUCCUGAAGAUAUUCACUAAUUACUAUUUCCUACAAAUAAUUGUAAAAUCGUACCAACUCUUGUAAAUUAGAAGAAAAUUCAAACGAAAUAUUUAUUGGUAUAAUUAUUGUUUUUAAUUAGUGUACAGUAUUACAUGUACUAUAUGUAUACCACAUUCCACCAAAAAUUUUAUGCAUUCGAAUGAUAAAAUUUUGAAAAAGGUGUUGAAA